AUGUUCCGCUUUCCCAAAUCCCUUCCCCCGAUAACCCUCUUCCACAACCCCACCCUAACCUCCUCUGCCCACGCCCUCACAAUCCUUAAGCAAGCCUCCACCACCGCCUCCGAAACAGCCACCGAAGACCAAGCCUCCGACUACUCCAACCACGCCAAAAACCAGCAGGCCGAGUUCCAGUUGGAAGUUACCGAGAGUCCGCCCACGAAUGACCAGUUGAGGAGUAUUCUGGAUUACGUUGCGGAUAAUGGGGUUGGGAAGAAGAAGACGUAUGUGCCGGGGGAGAUUGUGAAGGGGGCGAGGGAUGCGGAGGAUGCGUUGCUGAGGUUUAAGGAGGAUAAGGAGAGGUUUGUCAGGCCGAUUACUGUUGACUGGAACGGUGGACGUGCUAUUAUCGGUGAGGACGAGUCUGAGAUUCUCAGUAUGCUGCGCCAGGUGAAACAUGCAUCGAAUUAG